AUGGCGGGGUCCUGCACAGACCUCGUUGUGCUCGUGGGCCAGCACAUUCGGGCAAUCCUUGAGCGAGUUCCGGGGGCAAAAGUUCUUCUUCUUGACCAAGAGACGACGGGCAUUGUCUCCACGGCCGUCUCUCAGUCAGACAUUCUUCAGAAAGAGGUUUUCCUGGUCGAUCGCAUCGACGCUCUCCCUCGAGGCCGCUUCGAGCACCUCAGCUGCGUUUGCUUUCUCCGGCCAACAAAUGAAAACCUUUUGCUUCUUCUGCAACUCCUUCAUCAACAGAGUCGGCGUCCCAACGCAGGCGGCGACGCGCAGAACGGAGUCCCGUUGACAGAAGAUCCGUCGAGGAGACAGCCGGACCCCGUCGCUCGGUUCAAGGAUAUCUAUCUUUUCUUUACGUCCUCCGUUCACCAGCAGCCGCAACUUCUCCAGCGUUUGGCGAAGCAAGAUGAAGCAGACAAAAUUGUGCAGGUGGAGGAGUUCUACGUCGACCUGUAUGCGCUGGACCCCCACGUUUUCACUCUCAACAUCUUGGCCAUUGCGCCGCUGCAUGCCCAGGACCUAUCGCUGUGGACGCCGUACGAAGAGUCGCUUUUUCAAAGGAUGCUGGACGGCCUCUUCUCGUGCGUCGCUCUCCUUCGCAUCUUCCCGCUCGUUCGCUUCCAGUCCAACAGCGUCGUCAGCAAGCGACUUGCUGCGGCGAUUCAGAUGCGCCUAUCCGAGAAUGCCGACCUUCUCGACAAAAGGCCCCAAGGAUCCUUGCCCGGGCGAGCAGCAGAUGCGUCAGCAGGGAGCUCGUCGAACGGCGGAAGUAGACUGAUCCUUCUGAUUGUCGAUCGCCGCGAGGACCCGGUCACUCCUUUGCUGAAUCAGUGGACCUACAGAGCUAUGCUUCACGAGCUGAUUGGGAUUCAAAACAACCGUGUGGACAUGCGGCGCAUCCCCGGCACGACAGAAGACCUCCUGGACAUUGUCAUGAGUCCAAUGCAAGAUAAAUUCUACCGUGACAAUCUUGAUUCCAACUUUGGAGAUCUCGGCCUCAACGUCCAGAAGUACGUUCGCGAGUAUCAGUCCAAGACGGAGUCGACAGGACAACUGGAGUCUGUGGAAGACAUGCAGCGAUUCGUGGACGCCUAUCCGGAAGUCCGAAAACUAGCAGGCAAUGUGUCGAAACAUGUCGCGGUCAUCCACGCUCUGUCCAAGAUCGUGAGUGACCGGGCGCUCCUCGACGUCUCGUCGCUCGAACAAGAAAUUGCGUGCAAAGAGGCGCGCAGCGAUCACUUUGCCCAAGUGGCCGAUGUCAUUCGCAACGACCGAAUCAGCAACAUGGACAAACUUCGUCUGGUUCUCCUCGUCGCUCUCAGAUACGAAGGAGACCCGCGAAUUCACGAGCUGACGGAGGGGCUGAGACGUGCGGGAAUUGAGGAGGAAGAAAUUCUUCUCGUCCGCGCGAUGACGCAGUACGCGGGAAGACACGCCCGGAGUGCAGAUCUGUUCUCGAAUCGAAAUUUCCUAGCUGUGGCCAAGAAUACCAUACAGCGCGGUUUGAAGGGAACAUCGAAUGUGUACACGCAGCACAGGUCCCUUCUCUGGUUCACUGUUGAAAGUCUCAUCAGAGGUCGUUUAUCCACGGACCACUACCCCGUAUCGCCUCCGGUGGAGUACGGCGCAGCUGCCUCGGCUCCACACCUCCUUCAGCCGUCUCGCGAAAAGCCGCAAACGGUGGUGGUGUUCAUGGUGGGCGGCACAACAUUCGAAGAGGCGCGGGACAUGGCCGAGCUGUCGAAGCAGACCGGCUGUACGAUUCUGCUAGGCGGAUCGACUGUUCACAAUUCUCGCUCCUUUCUCGCCGACCUUUCGCAGCUGAUCAAGGGCCAGGGUUUGCAAGUCCUUCCCCCCCUCGCUUCUUCCUGGAGGGGCCGGGCGCAGGACGGCGACUUGCGACGAGGCGCGGGUGUCGAGUUGCAGGGAAUUUCUUGA